AUAAAGUGACGUGCGCCGGGAGUGGUCGACAUCAUUAAGUCGGCGUCGUUCCAAGAGUCCAAGAGUCCAAGAGUUUAAGAGUCGAGCGGAUACUCAGUCGUCUCGUCUUAGUCCCCAAUCGCAGUCAGAGCUUCCUGUGCGGCACGUGCCAGUUCAUCCUCGAGCAAUCCCAGUCCAAAGGAAGUGAUUCCACUUUGACAAUGGCAGGCAAAAACCUGGUUGUAUUCUCCCUUCUGGCCAUCGCUGGAUCCUGUCGCGCAGGAUUCGCGGCCACCUAUGCCGGCUUCCACCCGGGAUAUGCCACCUACCAAGCUCCGGCUGCAGUCUACCACUCCGCUCCAGUGGCCCAGCCUGCUGUCUAUCAUGCCGCUCCGGUGGCCCAGCCUGCUGUCUAUCACCAGGCGGCUCCUGUUUUUGCCAAGACGGUGGUGCCAGCUGCUCCUGUCUACACCAGGUCCUAUGCCCUGCCUGCACCAGUUGUCAAGACGGUGGCGGCCCCCAUUUCUGUGCCCGUGGCAUCUCCAGUGGUGAGGACCGUGGCUACUGCUCCCGUGGUUGCUGCUCCUGUGCUUAAGCAGGUGGAGCUAGAGUCCUCGCCACGCUACGACUUCUCCUACGGCGUCCAUGACAGCAUCACCGGGGACAUCAAGAGCCAGGUGGAGACCCGUGACGGAGGCAACGUGGUGGGCUCCUACUCCGUCCUGGAUGCCGAUGGCUACAAGCGCACGGUGACCUACACCGCCGACGAUAUCAACGGAUUCAACGCAGUGGUUCAGCGUGAGCCAGUGGUGGCCGCCCGUGCUGUGGCUGCUCCCGUGGUUUCUGUGGCUGCCCCAGCACAUGUGCCCGUUCAUGUGCCCGCUCCAGUGACCUCUCUGCCCGCCCCCAUUUACUACCCCCACCAGCAGGUGUUUGCCCCCCAGCAGGUGCAGCAAGUACAGCCAGUGCAGCAGGUCGCCGAGCAGCAGGGUGAGGUUGUGGAGGCUCCUGUGGCCACUCAGCCGGAGCUGGAGCCCACGCCCAUCGACUACAACGAGGAGCAGCAGCAGCAGCAACAGCAGCAGACCUAUCCCCAGGAUCAGCAGUUCCCACCUUUCUCUCAGUCGGGCCAAUCUUCUCCAGCUUCCGAUAACGAUGACUCCGAUGUGGUGGAGGCCCGAUCUGUCACUGAAGCCAACAGCAGCACCACCUCCACCACCGCAGCUCCGGCUACGGAGGAGAACAAAAAGACCGCCUAGACUGGACCAUGAAAGGAAAUAUUGUUGAAAUAAAUGCGAAAAUAAAUACAAAAUUUGAGAAUAUAUAUAAACAAA